AUGUGGACUCACCGGAGCUGCACCCAUACGACCCAUGAAAAACCGUGGUGGCGGCUCCAGCUGCCCGGUGUAUACAGGGUGUCUGACAUUGAGGUCACUAAUAGGAGUGACGCUAGAGAGAGGCUCAACGGCGUGGAAAUCCUCAUCGGGAAUUCACCGGUGAACAACGGCAACGACAACCCAAGGUGUUCUAUCAUCUAUGAUGUCCCAGGCACGGUGACUCAGACUGUCCAGUGCAGGGGAAUGGAAGGAAGGUUUAUCAACUUCUACUUGUCCUGUGCAACUGCAAGUGUACUGACUUUGUGUGAAGUCAAAGUGUACGGAGGAUUGGUGCCUCCCCCACCGUCCAUCACCAUUCAGGCGAUGGAGAGGAGAGUCACACUGGUGGGGAAGCGGCUGUGCUGGUCCGACGCCCUGUUCUACUGCAGAGACUAUCACUGGGACCUGCUGAGCAUCAGGGGCCCCGAGGACCAGGAGAUGGUUGAUGAGCUGGUGGCUAGCGCCCCCUUCCCACUAACCAGACAACUCUGGGUGGGCCUGCGCAGGUCAAUUACAGGAAGCUCCUGGGUCUGGAUGUCCCGUGACCCAAUGGACUUCACCCAAUGGGAUGCAGCCUCACAUCAUUCCAGCCCCUGUGGGGGUGUGUCCAGUGUGGAACGUUCCACAUGGAGGCAAAGCUCUUGUGAAGAACAUCUUGAUUUCAUCUGCGUAACAGGUCCGACAGAGGGAGACAACAAGGUGCACUUCUACAGUUCAACCAGACAGAAACAAACUCAAUGUGUAUAGUUUGGCCUCCCUGGGGAAUACUGCUCCUGAUUCCCAAGUAGUCCUAAGUAGCAACAUUUCUGAAUGCUAAAGCACAGAGCUUGGUCUGUGGUAGCUAGCUAUUUCUGCAUUUUGUCAUAAUGAGCAUUGUUAACAAUUCUUACGAUGCCUAUCCUUGUUAUAAGUGCGGCAAUAGUUUGAUAUUGUAAAACAAAAAAAGGACAGACCACAUUUUGUGCUAGCACGUGGUAUACAUUGACUUUAGUAUAUGAUCAAUUCACUUCAUUUUAAGCAAGGUAGUUGUGACAUUGCUUCUUUCAUUCGAAAUGUUUUGAUUAUGAAUUCAAGAAGGUAUCGAAAGACCAAAAAGUGCUUUUAUCUAUUUUUGUGUAUAUUCUUGAAUAAAGAGAACAGACUUGGGUUGUCUUUGUUAAGUUUGC